CGAUCCGGGGAAGGCUGAGCAUUUGCAAAUUCCGGCUCCAGAGCGCGGGGAGCAUCCUAUCCCCGCCGGCCGGGCAGCAGCCGAGGAGAAGGACGAGGUUCCCCGGCUCUUCGUUAUCCUAAGGCUGUCCGCGUUCUCCCCGCCUCUGCCGCCGGCGGCUGCCCUGUCCCUGCCUCCUGUGCAACAGAGCGAGCAGCGGCAGCCCGCGGAGCUCGGCUCGGAGCCGGGCACUGAGCUAGAGACCCUGUCCCUCUGCCAGCCCCGCAGACACAGGCAGAGCCCUGGGCUGAACAGUCAUGACAGCUGAAAAGACUAUUCCUAUAAUUAAUGGCAAGCCAGAAGAUGCUUUGGACCCAGAAGCUUCAAGUACCAACCUCGUCCACAGCAAUGAUAAGAAAGUUCAUGAAAGAGGCCACUGGAACAAUAAGGUUGAAUUUGUGCUUUCUGUGGCGGGGGAGAUUAUUGGGUUGGGAAAUGUAUGGAGAUUCCCAUAUCUUUGCUACAAGAAUGGAGGAGGUGCUUUCCUCAUUCCAUAUGUGGUUUUUUUCAUUUGCUGUGGAAUACCAGUUUUUUUCUUGGAGACGGCCUUGGGACAGUUUACUAGUGAAGGAGGCAUUACAUGCUGGAGGAAAGUUUGCCCUCUAUUUGAAGGCAUUGGAUAUGCUACCCAAGUUAUAGAGGCGCAUCUAAAUGUGUAUUACAUCAUCAUUUUAGCAUGGGCUAUCUUCUAUUUGUUUAACUGCUUUACUACAGAGCUUCCUUGGGCUACCUGUGGGCAUGAAUGGAAUACAGAAAACUGUGUGGAAUUUCAAAAACUUAAUAUAAGCAACUGCAGCCAAGUCUCUUUACAAAAUGCCACUUCUCCGGUGAUGGAAUUCUGGGAACGAAGGGUGCUAGCGAUAUCUGAUGGAAUUGAACAUAUCGGGAAUCUGCGCUGGGAACUUGCGCUGUGCCUCCUUGCUGCUUGGACUAUCUGCUAUUUUUGCAUUUGGAAAGGAACAAAGUCUACUGGAAAGGUUGUAUACGUAACAGCCACGUUCCCCUAUAUCAUGUUGAUGAUUCUUCUGAUUCGUGGAGUAACGUUACCAGGUGCUUCUGAGGGGAUCAAAUUUUACCUGUACCCUGACCUUUCUCGGCUGUCUGACCCACAGGUGUGGGUGGAUGCUGGUACUCAGAUAUUUUUCUCUUACGCGAUCUGCUUGGGGUGCUUGACAGCCCUGGGAAGUUACAACAACUAUAAUAAUAACUGCUACAGAGACUGCAUCAUGCUCUGCUGCUUGAACAGUGGCACAAGCUUUGUUGCUGGUUUUGCUAUCUUUUCAGUUCUUGGAUUUAUGGCUUAUGAACAAGGCGUGCCCAUUGCAGAAGUUGCAGAAUCAGGACCAGGACUUGCAUUCAUUGCUUACCCUAAAGCUGUUACCAUGAUGCCUCUUUCUCCUCUGUGGGCAACCCUGUUCUUCAUGAUGCUCAUAUUCCUUGGAUUAGAUAGUCAGUUUGUGUGUGUUGAAAGCCUGGUGACCGCUGUUGUAGAUAUGUACCCAAAGGUUUUCCGAAGGGGCUACAGAAGAGAACUGCUGAUUCUCGGCCUUUCCAUUGUGUCGUACUUCAUUGGCCUGAUCAUGUUAACUGAGGGUGGGAUGUACGUCUUCCAGUUAUUUGACUCUUACGCAGCUAGUGGCAUGUGCCUUCUUUUUGUUGCCAUAUUUGAAUGUGUCUGCAUAGGCUGGGUUUAUGGCAGCAAUCGCUUUUAUGAUAACAUUGAAGAUAUGAUUGGGUACAAACCACUGACGUUGAUUAAAUGGUGCUGGAUGGUCUUAACUCCAGGUAUCUGCGCAGGAAUCUUCAUCUUUUUCCUGGUGAAAUACAAGCCUUUGAAAUACAACAAUGUAUAUAUAUACCCUGACUGGGGCUAUGGGAUAGGGUGGUUGAUGGCGCUCUCUUCCAUGAUCUGUAUCCCCUUGUGGAUCUGCAUUAAGCUGUGGAAGACAGAAGGCACUUUCCUAGAGAAAUUCCGGAAGUUGGUUACACCUAGCUCAGACCUGAAAAUGCGAGGGAAGCGUGGAGGAGGAGCCUAUGUUGCAGCAAUAAAUGACUACGAUGCCAAACUGAAAGGAGAUGGCACCAUUUCAACCAUUACAGAAAAGGAGACACAUUUCUGAAAGAACUAUCUUUUUCUUUUUGUUUAUCUUUUUUUUUUUUUUUUUUUUUGUAUAAAUAAAUAAAUGAAUUCACUUAAUUAUAGAGGCUGGCUUGUUUUGCACAAAAUUUUAUUAACCAGUUAAUUUUAAAGUAAAAAUUGUAUACUUGUUUAAAAGUGAUUUUUUAAAUUACUAUGUAAGUAAUGAUCAUGUAAAAGAAAAAGAAAUAGUAUUAUAUGGUAUGUUAGUGACGACUUCUUGUAAUAUGGUGAUUUCAGUAAAUGUUUUUUUUAGAAGUUAGAGGGACCUGUAUAAUGUGCUGUACAACUUUUCUACUUUGAUUUCUGGCAGGUGUAACGUCGUAUAGAUAUACGCAUUCUAAUCUGUAAGCAUUUCAGACCAUUUCAGCUUUUCAUGUAUGUAUAUAAAGGGGACCAGAAUGGCCUUUUGUUUCUAUUGGAAGAAAUUGUGAGGGGCCAGGGGACGACUCGAAACUGUUGGUGCGUGUUCCUCUGUGUCCAACGUCCCCUGGGCCGGAGGGAGCCGUCCCAGCGGGGCCAGCAGCUCCUGCCCCAGGCUUAGGCCAGGGCAGCUGCAAGCUGAGCUCUGCGCCUAACAAAGCUUGGCCUUCAGGGCAGGUCUGGUGAAGCCAGCAGGAAGCAGCACCUCAGCAGUUCCCAUCGCCUUCCCUCCACCUUCCACGUGCUUCAGCAGGUCUAAAACUCUGGUGGAAUGCACCCAUUUCUGAGUCACUGUUUUUCUGGAGAUUGGAUAGAGAAUAUUUCUUACGAGCUAUGAAUUUUGCUGUGUUUGUAAUAUAAUGGUCUCUAUGAUGAUGUGUACUGCUUCAGGAGACCUCAAAAGCUUUUUCAUUUUCUUUAGUGUCUGGGUGGCCAGUCCUUGGUUUUGGUUGAUAUUUCCCAGCCCCUGAAGUGAAAUAUCUUUGCCUAAGCUUGUACAACAGGAGGUCAAGGCUACUUUAAACACACAGAGACAUUCUGAGGAAAAAAAGAACAGGUUUUGAGCUCUGCACACCUUGGCCUCUCUGUCUCUUCAUCUUUUUGCAGUCUGUCUGUCUGCACAUCUACUCAUUCCCCUCAAAAGAAAUCAAGGACCCUGUAAGGCCAGUGUGUAGCACUGUAUUGCGUUUCUCAGCUUCAAGGUAAUUCUAGAUAUGCUCAGAUUAGGCCCUAAUUGCUUUACCCUGAAUGGUAUCAGGGCUUGCACUGAAGUCAGAAUAGGAGUGGAAGGCCAGACUGAUUGGUCCUUAAUCACAGAACCACAGAACACCAGGUUGGAAGGGACCUCAAGGAUCAUCUGGUCCCACCUGUCUUGGCAAAAGCUCAGUCUAGAAAAGCUGGCCCAGCACCUGUCCUGCUGAAUCUUAAACAUGUCCAAUGUGGGGAAAUCCACCACUUCUUGGGGAGGUUAACAAGAGUUCUGGGAGGUGAUUUAUAUAUGGUGCAGAUGAAGGAAUUAAGACAGGGAUGUUGUGUCUUGUGUAAUUACUCCUACAUUUACACAGUCCUAAAAUGACAUUUGGCCCUUUGAAGGCACCCGUGAGGCUGAUGUGAAAAUGAGUUUGACACACCUGCUUUGACUAUCUUUUUUUUUUUUCUUUUGUCAAUAUUCCAAACCCUAUUGCUUGUUCUGGACAUUUUUUUUUCUUUUCCCCUUGUUCUGGUUUUGAUUACUGUUUGUCUGAGAAAGCUGUGGAGGAGUACUGUACUGCACAGUGUUUGACGGGGAGAGACAAGCAACAGCCUAAGACAGCUCAGAAGAAAUAUCAUGAAAUCUGCUGUCUUCUCUGCAAUGCAAAAUCACCAAAGUUCAGAUAGCAGCAUCUGCAGAUAGUAGAACAGAAGUGGCUGCUGACCUUCUACAGAGGAAAAUGUGUCACUAAAAGUCGCUAAGUGUAUCUUACUAUUACAUAGAACUGUACAUGUAGUCAGCAUUUCUUUAAAAUUGUAUGGUUACCUCUUAAAAAAGCAUUUUCGUAGAAUCACUUUUGUCUGAAGUCACAUCAUUAAAUCCAAUAUAUCUGUUAAAUUUUACUUCAUCUUAUUUGUAUUUUUAAUGUGGUAAGAUGGAAGUCUAAGAGAGACCUUCUCUACACAAUUCUACUUCAAAUGUUGCAAGUCCUGCUGGCCUUUGCAAGUGUCCAUCUUUAGGUGCUUAGGAAAGGCUGUUCUGGAGGGCCCUGCCUGGAUGGAGGUGCAGCCCCGGCACCUGGUGCCUGCUGGGCUCCCUCAGGGGCUGUCAGGGUGGCACCCCCAGCGGGAGGUCACCCGUGAAAAUCACAGUCUCCUUGGAAACUGAUACUCUGAAAGAGAAAUGCUUCCAGAAUUGAAACCACAGGUUGAGUUAAAUAAUACAAUGAAGCAACUGAAAGCUACACAAUGACAUUGAGGAGUGCCCACUCCAAAACCUUAACAUUUUUGGAAGUUCUAAUGAGUCAUAUAUAUUUCCAAUCCAGUGUCCCUUUCUGGUCUUUCCACCCAGCAGAGCUGCAGAGCUGAGGCCCCAAAACCACAUAUUAGCCUUGGGAUGAGUUAUGCUCCCUCGCAGAGUGAACACCAACACAUUUUUUUAUCAGUGAAGGCUGUGCACAUGAGAUGCUCUGUGAGGUUGCUCUGUGCCUUGAUUUCAAUGGUGUUAUCUUCAGCAGUCAGGUCUCCUCAUAAACGUUGACAGUGAAGUGUGCCAAGAGGGACCCACCCCACUCAACUGGCCACCGUUAGACACAAAAUGAAAAUCUCAGACCACUCAAGGUUGUCCUUUGAAUCAUAACACGCUCUUGUAGCAGGAAACAUUGACUUCCACAGUUUAGCUUGUCAAUUUACUUUGACCUCAUCCAAACAUCUCCACAGGAACCACGGACUUGCUAUGGGACACGCUUCCUAUUCUGCUGCUAUGAACCAUUUCACCCAUAGCUUUAUACACAUACAUACGGUUUGGUGUGGUCUCGAGUAUUAUACAGUAUUACUAAUGUGUCGUGCUUGUAAAUGUAUGCAGUUAAUAUCUGACUUGUUUAACACUACUGAUUUUUAAAAAUAUAUUUUUCUUUUGUGGGGAGGGGUGUGGGAGGGUAAAUUUCCUACUAGUAUAUGUGGUUUGUGGUUUUGUUUUGCCUUUUUGUUUGUUUUCUGGGGUUUUUUUUGAAACAAUAUGAAGGGAAAAAUGAAAAAAACAACUAUAUCGUGGUGAUUUUUUUUAUGCAGUAGAAACAAUGUUGCCCUUUUCUGAAAUAUCUGCAGUGUUAUUAAAUACAAUACAAUAAAAAUGAACAACUGCUAAGGUUUAUGUAACAUUUGACACAAAGAAAGACUCUGUUUGGUUUUGGAGGGCACAAGAUUUUGUCUGCUUACUUGUUUUCAAAAAUUAAAGGAAACGGGCAAAACCCAUUCUGUGUA